AUGUUCCAAGAAGGCCGCGACUGGAUGCCAUCCACUCAGCAGGUGAUCCUCCGUGCACUGGAAGUCGUAGCAAGCCGUUCCUACGACGGAGUACGUUUGGGGCUGCUGAAGCACCUGAUUCCCACGAGGCCAGUCUGGAUGCAGUUGCUUGCAGCUGAGUUGGCUGCCAAGCUUAUACGACAGGAGGAUGCUGACGUCGUGGCGGCCAUGCGGAAGUGUGCAGAGCACAUGGAGGGGGAGGAUCUGAUUGCGCUCCUUCAAAGCUUUGCCAUCCACUUACCGAAUGCUCUGGGCGAGGUGGUUAACACCCUGUGCUUGGAGCUGGAGAAGGACAACGGCUCGAAUAAGAUGGCGGUCAUCCGUGCCCUGAACAACCAGGCACCCGAAGGCGAUGAGCGAACUUUGCAGGCCCUCCAGCGGUACCUGAAGCGGACUGACUCCCUCCUGCGAGAGGAGGGCCCAGAGACACUCCUGGCAGCCGAAGCACUCGUAAGGAAGCUUGGGGAGGAAGAGCAGACGAGGAAGGCCGAGAAGCUGCUCGUGGAUGCCUUGGUGCGCCAUCUCGCGAGAACAGGGGACACGGUAUUUUGGCCGCCACUCCGCAAGCUGUGCAAGGAAAGGAACUCCACUGUGCAGCUUUGGCACUUCCGCAUGUUUGCCAAAGGCUUCUGCCGACAGAACUCCCGGAUGCGGCACGUGUAUUCCAAUGCCUUCGAACGACUCAUCUGCUUCGGAGAGGGCCGUGCUGCGGCGGCCGCGCUCAUCGAGGUUAUCGAGACGGAUCUGUUCGACUGGUCAAAGACUAUCGCUGUAGAGUUGCUUCCCCGUGCAGUUGGGCCUAACGAGGACCCUGAGGCUCUUCGCGCGAUCCUCCUCCUUCUGAAUGACAGCAGCGUGCUGUGCAAGCUGGCAUCUUUGCGUUCAUUGCUGGCACUUUCCCCUCGACCCUUCCCUGACGAAGUCACAGAAGCGGCCGAGAAGCAUCUACGUCACGAGGACGAGGAUAUUCGGCUGGCUGCCUUACUUGUUUUGGAGCAUAUCCAUGGCAUGGAGUUUUUCCCCGAGAAGCUUGGGCGCUGCUUACGAGAUCCCGUGUCGAACGUGGUGCAGAGCGCUGUCCAGCUUCUUGCAGUCCUUUUGGAGCGUGGCAAGGGCACCGAGCAGGCCCUUGCCGCUCUCCCACCUCUCCUGACGCACGGCGACUGGGCGGUGCGCCAAGCGGCCGUCAGCGCUCUGGGGCAGGUCCAAGACGCCGAGGCUUCGAUGGAAGCUCUCGAGCUCCUCCGCGUGCGGCCCGUGUGGCCGGAGACCAACCGGAUACUGGGCAUUGCCUUCAAGCCAGACGGGACGCAGAUCAUCGUUGCGGUCGGGAGCUACGAAGAGUACUGA